AUGAAGAAUUAUAAGAAACUUAUCUCAGCAAGUGAAGGCUAUUUGAAGUCGGAGACUUCACAAGCACAACAAACAAAAAUGUUGGGAGAAGCUUUGGCGCUUCAAAGCAAUACAGGGAUACAAGACUUGGAUCAAGGUAUCAACUCUGUUGUUGAUAUCAUCAAUGUCAUGUUUGCGAAUAGAACAGAAACUACAAAAUUCUUCAAUGAACAAAUAGUUCCGAAUAUUAAAAAAAAUUACACGACAUAUCCAAUUAUUCUCACAAACUUCGAGAAAAGGUACGACAACGACAUUAAACGAGCAAAUGGCGCUGUUUCCAAUGCAGAGAAGAAGAUGAAACUCCAACCAACCGAAUUGAAAAAGAUUCUCGAGGAAGUCAAAGCAGCCGAAGCCUUAAGACAGCAAUGCACUGUGCAAGGACUUCAAGACACAACACGGAUGGUCCGAGAAUUAUAUUGUGGGACGAUCCAGCUUUUUGCUGAUCUUUUUGAGAAAGAAAAGAAUUCUUUAGAACAAAUAGUUAAAGUCCUAAAAGAGAAUGCACAUGAGAUCCAAAAGGUCGGUGCUGCGUCGGACAACAUUGGAGAGGAAGUCAGUGAAUUAAUCAAAGCGAAAAAGCAGACUUUAAUUGACUUAAAGUUGCUCACGCCGGAAUUCAAAGCUGUUUUAAAAGCGGCGGGUAUGAAAAGGAAGGAUCUGUGUAAUCCGGAGACCGUCCAACUCUUAAUAAGUACUGUCGAACAAGCCGUGAAAGAAGGGAAAUGUGAUCAAAGUGUGUUAGACCAAUUAACUGCACAACCCGGCAGUGAAAAUUCGUUAGUAAAGAACGCAGUCGUUGAGACUGCAGUGAACGAAGAACUCAAAGCUUUCGAAGAAGACGUCGAUGACAUAUUUGUGAAGUCACCAGCACUGAAUGACAAGAAUGUUAAGGAACAAAGUGAUGUCCCACAAAUGAAGAAGCCCGAAGAAAAAGUCGAAGAAAAGCCUAUUAAUACUAAAGUACCCCCUCCACAAGCCCCACGACUCAAAGACAAAAUUCAAGAACCUCAAAUCACAACUCCUACGGAUGCUCCUUUACUCCCACCUUCUGACUUAUUACCCCCACCAGGGUUGGCACCACCAGCAGGACUUGCUCCACCACCAAAUAUACCACCACCUCCUCAAUCGAAUAAACAAGCGCCUGCAGUCAAACCAAAAGCAAGUUUCUUGGACGACAUUAAUAAAGGGGGACACAUCUUGAAGAAGACAGAACCCCUCCCGCAAAAGAAAAUGACUGCGGCUCAACAAGGCGAUUUGACUUCAAUGUUGGCGACAGCAAUGGCAAAUAGAAGAAAAGACAUUCAGGACGACGAGGAGUCUGAAGAAGCGUCCGACGACGAGUGGUCGGACUAA